CCCCUGCCCAACUUUCUCUCUCCUACCCUCUUCCCCUUAAACCCCCCUCCUCUGCAAAUUCAAGGGGGGAAAAAAAAUAAUAUAAAAAAUCAAACCUGAAAAUUUCCAAACAUGAAAUGAAAGGGAAAGUUAGGUGUCAAGAAAGAAAAAGAGUACAAGAACAAGAAAAGGAAGGUAGAAAAGAGGAUUUUUUGUUGUGCAGGAAGAGAACAGAGUUAGAAGAAUGUCAGAAGUUGUAAAAAGAGAUUGUGAAAUCAAGCUGUUUGGAAAGACCAUAUGUUUGAUGCCUGACAAGGUUGUUUCUGAUUCCAAAGUGCCUGAAGAUAGACAGAGUUCCUCGGCAACAUCAACUUCAGAAGACUCCAAGGAUGUAUCAGAAGAAGAGUUGACAGGUAGUAAACAUGAACAUGAGUCCAUCAAUCCAACUGAAGAAACAUUGACAGAGGCUGCAACAUCAUCCGAGAUCACUGAUGAUCCCGGCACAGCAGAUCUAGAGAAAGAACCGUUGUCCCCUGAGACUCCCAAGGAGGAGGAACCAAGUGAGAGCAAUGCCCCUCAAGAGAAGACACUUAAGAAACCUGAUAAAAUACUCCCUUGUCCUCGAUGUAAUAGCACGGACACCAAGUUUUGUUACUACAACAACUACAACGUCAACCAGCCCCGUCACUUUUGCAAAAACUGUCAAAGAUAUUGGACGUCUGGAGGAACGAUGAGGAAUGUGCCGGUUGGAUCAGGUCGUCGCAAAAAUAAAAAUGCUGUGGUUCCAAAUUAUCGUCACAUAACAUUUUUGGACACGCUAACUCGAGCAGAUGCUAUAAAUGGGAGUCGUUUAUCAUCUUUGAAACCGAAUGGCUUCCUUGUUUUUGGCUCUGACACGCAACUUUGUGAAUCCAUGAACUGUACCUUGAAUCUUGGAGAAAGAUCACAAAAUUGUGUCCCAAAUGAGUUUUAUGAACACUCAAGUAUAUCUUCCACUCGGACUUCAAAUUCUACGGAAAAGGAUGGUCAUGCAGCUAUGCAGGAAUCAGAUUUACAUAUUUCUCAGAACCGUAUGCAGUGGACAUCUUCAAAGCCGCCAACCACUUUUGGUCAGUCAGGCUUUCCCGUCACCUUUUAUCCGGCAACACCAUACUGGGGAUCGGCUGUAACAAGCCCCUGGAAUGUCCCAUUGGUUUCCUCAACAUCUUCUAUUCUAGGAAAGCACUCAAGGGAAGAAACCAUGGUUAGAUCAUCAAACUUGGGAAAAGAAAAUCUGUCUGAAAAAGUAGGUAGGGAGAGAUCUGUGUUGGUUCCUAAGACCUUAAGGAUCGAUGAUCCAGAUGAAGCUGCAAAGAGUUCUAUAUGGUCGACACUGGGAAUCAAGAAGGAGAAAAUUGGUUCGAUUAAUGGGAAAAGUCUCUUCAAGGCCUUUGAAACAAAGGGGGACAGGAAUAGCAACAUAGAUAAUACCGCAGUGGUAUUACAAGCUAAUCCGGCAGCCUUGUGCCGGUCGCUUAACUUCCAUGAGAGCACCUAACGAGGCAAAAUUUGUUAAUAACAGCGAAACAACGUCCAAAUCUACGUCUCGUUUUUGGCCAAUUCAGCUGUGUAACAGUCCAGUGAUGAAGUUUAUUAUGUGACUUGAAAAUAAGAGAAGGUAUUCAACUUGCUGAGGAGCUGUUACUGACUUGCUUCUGUUCUCAUCUUCUUGAACAUUUUGUUCUAACUGCAUGAAGUGAUAACACUAUGGUUUAGCUCAUGUUUACGGUUUUCUGCAAGCGAAUAUCAUUUUCUGUAAAUAUUCAUACAAAAUAGGAAGAGGGAUUGAAUAUGAUAUUCUACUGAAUGUAUUACAGCAGAGUGGUUGUUCACACAAUCAGCAGAUGUAUAUAAGAAUUUGCUUACAUUA